UUACUUCUUCCCAACAUGUCAACAAAAUUGAAAAAUGUUUAAAAUUCUAUAUCUUUAGGCAUGUGAAUACCGAAUUGGGAAUAUAAAAAUUGCAUGAAUCGUAUGCCUGUUUUAAAGCAGCGGCUGCGAGUUGUCGCACUCCUGAACAGUUUGCUCCCAUCCCGUAGCCAACCACAGCAGCUGCAACCGCAAGUAAGAGCACUACCUGAAUCGGAGUUGGAUGUGGAGACUCAUCAGGCCAUCAGGGAGCCAUAUUCGAUAUUGCAGAGUUGGCUCUUUGCCGCACAACACCACACCUCGCAUUGCAAGUCACGUGUGGCAUGCUUGGCCACUGUGGAUGCCACGGGGCAGCCCGUCACGCGGCUGACCAACGUCGAACAGAUUAAUCCAUCGGGCAUUACAUUCUAUACGGCGUUGGGUAGUCGACAGGCGGGCGAAAUAUCCACAAAUCCGCAUGUAUCUUUGCAUUUCCAUUGGCCAGAAAUGGAGCGUAGCGUUCAUAUCGCUGGCAUCGCGAGUCGAGUAUCAGCUCUUCAGGCACAGCAUCAGUUCUGGAAAUAUCCUCGGCACGUGCAGCUCAGCAUGAGUGGCAUUCAAGAGUCAAAUAAAGAUGUGUCUAUCUACAACAAGAUCAAGCAGCUGUUCAGCACUUGGUUCACCAUUGAGGAGGAGCCUCUGCCGGCACCUAGAAAUUGGGGUGGCUUCCAGCUGAAGCCGACGCUCUACGAGUUUUUUGAUAGCACCCGUGGCAUCCCAUACACACGAUGUAUGCGGUUUAGACGCUGUCUGGCCAUGCCAAGGGGCAUGAGGAAUCGCAGACUGAAUGCAGAUUGCUAUGACUGGAUCUUCGAAAACUGCUUUAACUAAGGUUAAUGGAAAGGGUCUCUGAAAAUUAAUUUUUUUAUGUAAUCUAAUUAAAUUAUAUUGUGAAUGCAUACGCUCA